AUGAAAUCAUUAGCUAUUAGCAAAAGUGCAUUGAUUGUUCUACUUGUAAUGACACUUUCUUCUGUCGUCUUUGCAUUUCAAUUUAUUAAACGACAAAAUAACAAUUGUAAUGGGUUACGUAUUACUUCACCUACUCAACCUGGACUCCAGUGGACAAAUGGCCAAUGCUACCAAGUAUCUUUCGACGCCGGAGCGAACGCACGUGGUCAAAUAAAAGUCACCUGUGUGGACUUAUAUGACGCGAGGGGAAACGUUGUUCAGACACAAUGGUUUGGAGAACUCGAUCCAACCGAAACAUCAUCUACUCCAAAUUUCAAUCUGAAUUUGGGAUUGAGUCCGAAAUCUGGCGAAUAUUAUCUGUUGGUGACUGCUGGAGGAGCUUGCACAUUAUCAUCUGUUCGUUUCUAUGCGACAUAUAAUCCAAAUAGUGGAACGACUCAAUGCGGCAACUAA